UAGUUUAGUUUUAGUUAUAAAAUGGUAUCAUUUAAUCUUUACAUAUCUUUAACUUAUACUUUUACAUAUUGAUUGAUUUAUAGAAUUAUUUUGAUAAAUAAAAGGUGAGCGAUUGCUUUACAGAAGAUAUUUGAAGUGUAAUUCUGGAAUUUUUCUAAAGGAAACUCUACGUCAAAUGUGAUGCAAACAAACAUGGCGAAAGAAAAAAGCAUGGACGGGGAGCGUGCGGAAAAAACAGAGGUUUUACUCCCGAAACCUAAUAUUUCCAGAUUCAAGAACAAAAUCAGGAGAUCUGAGGCCUUCAGAGAGAUGAAAAAACAGCAGAUAAAGCUGAAAAAGAAGGAAAAGAAAAAGAGAAAGCAAGAAGAAGCUGAGCUUGGGGAUCAGGCGCCACCCAAGAAAGUUCCAAAAACAAUAGAAAAUAUGAGAGUGCCAGAUGAAACUAUGGUGAAUCCAGAAGAUGAUGAGGUGCUACAAGAUGAAGCUCAAGAUGAGAUGGCGUCAUACUUCAACAGACAGUCAUGUCCAAAGAUUCUGAUUACAACAAGUGACAGGCCUGGCAAGAAAACAAAUUGUUUUUGUAAGGAACUUAAGAAAUGCUUUCCCAACUCAGAAUUAUACUACAGAAGAGGUUUGGACUUGAAAAAAAUCAUACCGCAGGCAUUGGCAAAGAAUUUUACUGAUCUGCUUGUUAUACAUGAGGACAGAAAAGAGCCAAAUGGACUAGUCAUUUCACACUUACCAGAUGGACCCACAGCACAUUUUAAGAUGUCCAGUGUCAAAUUAACAACACAGUUGAAGAGAAAGGGUAGUAUGUCUGAUCAUAUGCCUGAAGUAAUAUUGAAUAAUUUCAACACAAGACUAGGUCAUUCUGUUGGUCGAAUGUUAGCAUCACUUUUUCCACAUGACCCAGAAUUCCAUGGAAGGAGAGUAGUCACUUUCCAUAAUCAGAGGGAUUAUAUAUUCUUCAGACAGCAUAGGUACAUGUUUAAAAAUUCUAAAAGAGUGGGAUUACAGGAAUUGGGUCCAAGGUUUACUUUAAAACUUAGGUCACUACAGAAAGGUACCUUUGACUCCAAGUAUGGGGAAUAUGAAUGGGUCCAUAAGAGACAUGAAAUGGAUACAAGUAGGAGGAAAUUCCAUUUAUGAUGUUGCUGAAAUGUAUACAUGUGAGAGAAAAUUCCUUUUAUUGCAAUGCCAUUGGAUCUGUGCACCAGCUGCCUCUGAAGCAGAACAUUACAACUACAGAGCAUGGUGCACAUAAAACAAUUUACAUAGCACUAUUUAUAACUGAAUAUUUCUGGACAUAGAACAUAUUUUUGUCUCACUUACUAGUUUGUUUUGCAUUGAUUGAGAGAGGUCUUUUAAAUCAAAGAUGUCUUAAAUCAUUAAUAAAUUUGUUGCAGUUUACUGUGAAGACAAAGUACUUUCAAGGAUGUGAAGUGUAUAUAAGUGAGAAGGAGGUUGUUACCUUUAUAAAUUUAAAAUGUGAGGCGUUGCAAUAUAUGCAUUGUUACAGUGGGACAUUGGUUCUCUAACUGCUGUCUCUAAUUGAAAUUGGCUGUUGUACGAUUAGAUAACUGAAAUAAAUCUAUUUGUUGUAUGAGUUUA